CAGCUGCACUGAGUAGUCCUUUUUCUGGCGGCUCUCCCAUCAAUCAUCACAGCUGGAGACGUGAUUUUUUUAAGGUCAGAUCUCAGCUGCUUUGGAGAGAAGAAAGGCUCCUAUCAAAGAGGCACUUUCUCUGGUGUUUUCGGCAUGGAUUAGUUUGAAGUCAAGAGCUGGCUAUCCUUACCUCCACCUCCGAAGGUGUAGCUCCUGCAGCAGCCCCAACAGUGAGUGCUGAAAGCUGUGAAGGUUUCAGGUGGGACACAAAAAACAGCUGCCAAGAGCAAGACCCCCUCCCUUCCCACAGAGCCAGGAAAACCCCGGCGGUCCCUCCUCCCUGCCGGCUGUGCUUCGGGCUCCCUUACAGUGCUCCUGCUGCCGUUGGGAUCCGCACUACAAACCGCAGCUCGGUUUCUGGGAGGACCUUUACCUCCAGUUGAAGUUCGUGGUUUUCGGGUCUGCAGCUGCUGUGCACAGCCUGGGAGGGGACGGAAGGUUACCCUGGCCAGCGGGCGAGGGCUCCUGCCCCACAAGGAGGGAUGCUACCCGCCGGAAGAGCGCUGCUAUCCCGCGACAGGGCGGGAUGCUACCCCGCGAGGAGAAAGGGAUGCUGAUCUACGGGCAGGGAGAGAUGCUUUCCCACGGCAGCAAAGAGGCGGCGAGCAGAUAAAAGAUGAAAGCCUCGGUCAUGCUGUGCAGCAAAUUUCAUGUAACACGCAAGGGGAACUGAAGCAGAAACCAAAGCCAAGGCAAAGCAGCAUCUGACCUUGUCACUGGGGGGCAGAAAACAGCCGCUGGUUCCACUGGUGCUUCAAUCAAGCUCCCUGGGCAAUGUGGAAUUGCAGAGAGCUCACAAAGUGCAAGUUCCAUCCAGGUCCGUGGGGUGAAUAAAAAUUGUUAACUCUUGCCUUGAUUUGUCAUCCUUUGGGGGAAAAAAAAAGGUAUGUCAGACUGGCCAUUACACAGGCGUUGCUGUUAGACCAAGCACAACUGGAAGUGGGUUGCUCCGGAGAUGAGAGUGACUGAGGCCAGCAAAGCCAAGGAGAAGCCUGUUCAACUCCACACCUACCCGGGAUUCCUUGGAGAGGUGAUAAAGUGAGUAAUAAGGCAAAGUGGGAGUUAUAAAGUGGAUGCGGCAGCUCCAGCAGAACUUCUUCUCACUGCCACAUAUGCUCGUUACAAAGCAACUAAUGUUAUUUGGAAAUCUAUUUGAGGAAAAAAUGCACUUUGAGCAUCUCUGCAGUUCUUGUGUCUGAAGCAUUGAUCAGGAAAGUCGGCAGCACAACGCCAACAAAGGAGAAGAGAAUAUGGUGAAGGCAGCUAAGGAAAUUCAAAUGGAGAACCCAAGAGAGGCAGAGACUCCCAGCACAGGGGCCACAUGUUCCCCACCAGAGGAACAAGCAGAAAAACCCUCCAUGCUUUGUUUUAAGAAGCGGAAGAAGUCCUGUAAGAAGGGGCUGACUGUGAAGGAUGUGUGUGAAGGCGCCUCAGAGGAGAAAAGCCAGUGUGUCAGUGCUGACCAAGAGGAGGCAAAACCUUCCAAACCAUCACAAUCCUCCAAAGGAACCUGGGCAGCCAUCAAAAACCUUACCAGACCUCGGAGAAGGCAGAAAUCGUCCUCACGGAAGAAGGUGCCCUCCGAUUCCCAAGUGCAGCUGGAGGUGGAUGCUGAGGAGAGCUGUGCACAAGACCUCCCAAAGAAACGGGCGAGCUCUGGGGUGAAGAUGCCCUGCGUGAGGUUCUCCAGAGGCAAGAAAAAAUCCAGCCCCUCGGAAGCAGUGGAGGAGUCAGAGGGCAGUGGUCAAGCAAAUGAAGUGAUGGGUGUUUUGAAUAAGGCUAGUGAAGAGCCAGAGGAUUUGGCCCCGACGGACAAAUCUGAAUCCUUCAGCCCAGUCUCUGCAGAGGAGGAGGAGCAGGAUACGGUGAAGGGGGACCAGGAUAUGGUGAAGCAGGAGCAGCAUAGAAUGAAAGAGGACCAGGAUACAAUGAAAGAGGAGCAGGAUACAGUGAAGGAGGAUAAGGAUAUAGUGAAGGAGGACCAGGAUACAGCAAAAGAAAGUGACACCUCUGUUGGGAAGAGUGAGCCCUUGACAGAGCCCACACCUGAUGCAGAGGAACAUUUGGAGUGCACCGUUCAGUCGGAGAUAACCGAUUCAGAGACAGUUGAUGAAACAGCCCAGGACAAACUGCAGGAAGGAAGCCUACCCCAAACCACCGACAAUGCGGAGGGCAGGGAAGGUGCUCCUGAAGUGCCUGUUUCCAAAGAUCAACCUGACAAUGUCCCUGAAAUCACAGAGCGGCAGGAAAUCCCCAAUAUCUGCAAAGAGAUGCCUGAAAGGGAUGAAUUGGAAAAGAGCAUAAAUCUUCCUGAGGAGUGCAAAGCCGAGGAGACUGUAACUGAUUUCAGUGAGUUGGCAUCUGGAGGUGAUGCAGCAAGUGUACAGGAGACAGCAAGCGUGAAGGAUGCGGCGAGUGUGAAGGAUGCCACAAGUGUGCAAGAGGCAGUGAAUGUGCAGGAGGCAGCAAGUGUGAAGGAUGAUGCAGUGAGUGUGAAGGAUACAGUGAGUGUGAAGGAUACAGCAAGUGUGCAGGAUGCCACAAGUGUGCAGGAUGCAGCAAGUGUGCAAGAGGCAGCGAAUGUGCAGGAUGCAAUAAGUGUGAAGGAUACAGUGGGUGUGCAGGAUGCAGUGAGUGCACAGGAUGCAGCAGGCAGGAAGGAUGCAGCAAGUGCCCAAGAGGCAGCAAGUGUGCAGGAUGCAGUGAGUGUGAAGCAUGCAGUGAGUGCCCAAGAGGCAGUGAGUGUGCAGGAAGCAGUGAGCGUGAAGGAUGCAGUGAGUGCACAGGAGGCAGUGAGUGUGAAGGAUGCAGUGAGUGCACAGGAGGCAGUGAGUGUGAAGGAUGCAGUGAGUGCACAGGAGGCAGUGAGUGUGAAGGAUGCAGUGAGUGCACAGGAGGCAGUGAGUGUGAAGGAGGCAGUGAGUGCACAGGAGGCAGUGAGUGCACAGGAGGCAGUGAGUGCACAGGAGGCAGUGAGUGUGAAGGAGGCAGUGAGUGCACAGGAGGCAGUGAGUGCACAGGAUGCAGUGAGUGCACAGGAGGCAGUGAGUGCACAGGAGGCAGUGAGUGCACAAGAGAUAGUGAGUGUGAAGGAUGCAGUGAGUGCGCAAGAGGUAGUGAGUGUGCAGGAGGCAGUGAGUGUGAAGGAUGCAGUGAGCGUGCAGGAUGCAGUAAGUAUGAAGGAUGCAGUGAGUGCACAAGAGGCAGUAAGUGUGAAGGAUGCAGCGAGUGUGCAGGAGGCAGCAAGCAGGAAGGAUGCAGCAAGUGUGCAGGAGGAAGCGAGUGUGAAGGAGCCAGCGAGUGUGCUGGAGGCAGCAAGCGUGCAGGAAUGCUCCAGCCAUCAGGUACUACAAGCAAAUGCUGGUACUGGUGUCAGCAUCAUCAUCACCAUCACUGAAGCUGAGGACUCUGACAACACCGACUCUGACCAGGCCUAUGAGCCGUCCCCAGUUUUGCACCAAAAAAGGCAAAAAGGGAAUAAAAAAUCGAACAGGAAUGCUGAUGUUGGUCAAAAAGAGGGCCCCGAGGCUGGUGGCAGUCCCCAGGCAGAGGAGAAAGGUCUGGGUGACCAGGGGCACAGAACUGGGGAGCAGUACGAAUUGCUCCUCAUAGAAACCGCCUCUUCGCUCGUGAAGGCGGCCAUUCAGUCAUCCAUAGAGCAGCUGGUCAACGAAAUGGCCCUGGAACAGAAUAAACACAACAGCUUUCUGUGAUGGCAGCCUUGCCCCAGAGAGAAAGAGUAGAGGGAGUGAUUUAGAGCUCCGUUUGGCCUGCGGGGUAUGUGGAGAACUCGGAGAGCUCCCGGGGCCGAGGUGUAGUUAAUUCUGCAUGCCCGUUCAGUUGUGUGUCUAUGUGAAACGGAUCCUGGGAUGGGGGCAGACUGUCCCCUGGGGCUUCAGGCAGCGCCACUGACCACAGCUGAGGGAAACUUCAGGUGUUACAGUGACUGUAUUUCCACUUAUUGGCAUAUUUAUGUCAAGGCCACAUUUCUGCCGUCACCCAUGCCAGGUUUUCCCGCUGUUCAUGCCGUAGAUCUGUACAUACUGUGUGUUUGAAGAAAGGUCCUGAGAGGCAGUGAGUGCCCGACACGCUGCUGGGCUGACUCGGGGCACGCUGGAACAGCUGGAGGCUUGCUGGGGCUUUAUUGCAGAUGAGGAGGAGUGAGGUGACUGCAAUGUUAACAUGAAAACGUCAAUGCCGGGCUGUGUUUAGUGCUGUGAACAGGCCCUCGCUGCGCACAGGCGCCAGGAGCCGCGGUCACUGCUGUCGCAUGGAGCCGGCGGGCCCCGGCGAGCGCUGUCCUUCGCUCGGCCUCUCCCCCUGUCAGAGCAGCCUGUGCAUCUCCAGACAUGUCACAGCUCAGCAUCAGCCUCGCCUUGCUGACCCCUGGCUGCGCCGAUGCCAAGAAAGCGACAGCGCCUCGUUUGCUGCGGGGGCCUUUCUCGCACCAUUAAACUCAGCGGGCAAAAUUCCCUGCGGCAGCCCCGGCGUGGGCUGGGCGGGAGCAGCCCCGCCGCAGGCAGCCCCUGUCCGCCCCCGCCUUCCUCCGUCCCAGUCCCGGUGUCGUGGUGAAGCUCUCCUCAGAUGUAGCAUAUUUUUUAUACAUGGCAUGUGAUAUAAAUAGCAGUGAGCUGCAUGCGUGUUAGCAGUCAACAUAGUUUGGGAAGCUGCAAUGUGCUGCCGGCGCUGGGAUUGCUUUGAUUUGGUCUGAGUGCCGCUGGCAUCCCUGGCUGCUGGCGGCAGCCUGUCCCGCACCACUCCCCGCUCGCCGCAAAGCCCUCCUGCCUUCAUCCAGCCCAGGCAUCCCUUGGGAAUCGUGCAUUUUGCCCGGCUCGCUGCCACCAGGCUCUGGCACGCCAUGUAGCUCGCUCUGAAACAUGCAGGGAAAUGCUGGAGCAAUCUUGCCAAAGUCCUCAGGGAAAAAAAUCCAGACAUGAGGGCCUGAGGACAUGGCUGGAAAAUGCCUGGACAAGCGUAUUGCUGUCAAAACCUGUGAACUGCCCUGCUCCGAGGGGGUUUGCACCAGCACAGCAUGUGUGUGUGAGCAUCACCUCCAACUACCAGCUCUCCGGGAGAAAGGGGCCUUUUAAUAAUAUGGGAUUGCAUCUGCAUGGCUGGGAUUUGUGUCCAGCUGUGGGCAAGGCAGUGUGUUCCUCUGAGAAAAUUCUCCUGCGUGUUCCUCAGCCGGUACAGAAAUAGCAGCCGUGCUUGGCAAUCGCUCAGUGACCAUGGGCGGUGCGCUGAGAUUUCCCUUCCCAGCGUAGGAUUUGGAUUCCUGCUAAAAUACAAGGGCUGAACCUGUCUCUCGUACCUGGUGCACAACCAUGUUUUAAACCUUGAUAAAACAUCUCUGUUGUCACGAGAGGACUGCAAGCAGCAAGAGCCACAGCUCAUUUCUGUGCAAGUGAAACUUAAAAAAACCCAGAGGGCGGAAAAGAAAAAAAAGUGUCUUUUUUUCCCUGUGAAUUUGUUUAUUAAGUUAUCAGCUAUUGAUAAUUCAGUGUGUACAAUUUUAAUGGCUUUGUACUUCAUACCGGCCCUUCCAGGUAUUUUGCCAUAAUUUUGAAAAAGGGACUUUUAAAGGACUUUCAGAUGUACUUUUGGAGCUGCCACAGCACCCCAGGAAGAGCCAUCCUGAUGCUGGGGGUGGCUUAUGGGAUUAUACUGGGCACUGUGGCAGGUUGGUGCUGAGCAAAGGGCUGCAGCAUUGCUGUGAGACCCCACUGGAAUCAGUUGCAGAGGAGGAUGUCCAAGCUUUAGUAAAUAAACACAAAAUUACCCCACAGGACAGCCUGCUAAGCGGUUUUGGGAGGAUUUUGUGUUAUUUCAGUAUUGCCUUUUAGGUGAAACAUGUCUUCAAAAAAGGAGGAGAAUGGCAGAAAUGCUUAGUCUAGCCCUGCCCUGUGACUUGCUCCAUGUUAGGGGGUUGGCUUUGCAUCCUCUCUUGUAGCUGUUUUCCCCUCUGUUACAGCUGUACAUAGAACUGAUUAUUAUUUCAUUAAAGCUGAAUGUACCUGUU